UUAGUUUUGACAAUCCUUAUCAUGAAUUGAAAAAUGGCCUAAGGCUCUACUGAACUCACUUCCCUUUCUAUCUCUUUCUAUUUCUCUGCAACUCUCAGACCAACAAUGGCGGGAAUAGCCACCAUCAAGCUAUCUUUUUCCCCUUCAAUUCGCUCUUCAUCAGCUUCUUUUUCAUUCAACCCAUCUUUCAAUGGCCUUAAACACUCCGUUGCACUACCCCGCCGCACCAGAUUCUCUAAGAUUUAUGCUUUGAGCAGUAAUGACAUUAAGGUGGGGACUAGCAUUGAGGUGGAUGGAGCUCCUUGGAAAGUCUUAGAGUUUCUUCAUGUGAAACCUGGAAAAGGGGCUGCUUUUGUGAGGACUAAAAUGCGCAAUUAUGUGACGGGGAACACAGUUGAAAAGACCUUUCGAGCUGGAGUCACGAUACCUGAAGCAAAUGUAUCCAAGGAAACAAAGCAAUUCACAUACAAAGAUGGAACUAUGUAUGUCUUCAUGGAUAACACUACAUAUGAGGAAUUCCGGCUCAGUGAGAAAGAUGUUGGUGAUAAGACCAAGUGGCUGAAGGAGGGCAUGGACUGCAAUCUGCAGUUUUGGAACGGAAAAGCAAUUGAUCUUGAAUUGCCCCUCAUUGUGAAGCUCACUGUUAUUGAUACUGAACCUGGUAUUAAGGGUGAUUCAGCUCAAGGUAGUACCAAACCAGCAACAGUUGACACUGGAGCUAUUGUUAAUGUACCGUUGUUCAUAAAUAUCGGCGAUGAUAUUAUGAUUGAUACAAGAACAGGACAGUAUAAUACUCGUGCGUAAUUAAUGUUUCAAACAAAUUUCGGCACUAAUGUAAUUCAAUGCUUAGAGUUUUUGUUGUAUUUAUUUGUGUCCAUAUUACUGUGACGCUCUGUUCUGUAAUUCAAGGUUAGGAUUUUGUUCUUGAUGCUAUUGAGAUAGACAUGAUGCUGUUGAGAUAUACAUGUAUGUCACGUGAAUCAGUUGGGAGGAUUUUGUAUAAAUAUUGAAUCAAUUCAAGCUGAAAUUUUCUACUGCCUGAGCAAGCCUUU